UGGUUUAACUAAUGUGACUAAGAUUAUUAGAUUAUUAUAACCCUAACAAUCUUACAGUCCAGCAAGACUGCAACUACUGCAGUGAAUGUUUACAUCUCAGUCCGUUAUGCAACUCUAAGCUGCACGUGUUAGGCUUACCUUCUUCAGAGGAUCCGCACAUCAUGCCUUUGCCAAGCCCCUUUCCCAGCACCCUAUAAAGAGCUAAACUAUUCCUUCAUGCUAUUUCUGCAGUGGCUGUGUCUGAGGAAAGAAGUGGAUGUUGGGGGCUCUGGAAAUAACAGGUAGCCCUAAACAUGCAAAAGAUCAAGACCCUUUUCUGUCGCGCUACACCUCCAAAACCGAAUUCUUGUCCUACGUGCUGCUCUAUCUGGUGAAGAUGCCUUUCCCGCCUGUGACAAGACCACGGAGUCUUCCUAGCUCAGGCAAAGAGAAACUUUCAGGACCGUCACCUGUCAUUCUGGUCAAGACCGUGGAACAAAGAAGUUCUGUGAAGGAACGGUGCAAGAAAGCCACACCACACAAAAGUAAGCUACCUACCAGUCGAGCCCCUUCUGGCUUGAGGAUAGAGGGUAAAAGCACUUGGAUUAUGACUUCAAGACCCACUGAUCCUUUGGGUUCCUCGACACCAACUUCUUCGAAAAGUACUUCUGGCAAUAGUACCUCUACAACCAAUUUGGCAACAACCUCAGUGAAAUCCUCAAGCAAGGAGACGUUUCCGGUUUCAGCAACAAACAUUCCCACAAGCUCUUUUAGUCCACAGGCUUCAUCAGGAUCAGGCCAUGGACUGAAUAGUGAAUCUAACUUCUCUCUCAACUUGACUCCUGAGGCCACCUUGCUCCUGCAGAAACGUAGCCGUGAGAAGCAGCUCCGUGCCAUCCGCGGCAACAUAACAGCACAACACCAGAAAGACCGUCUGUCUGCCAAGCCAGGUUCUCGAUCCAACAUUCCACUUUUGAAGAUCUCUCUUCUAAACGAGCAUCACCGAUACGAUGACGUGGAAUAUGAGGAAGAUGAAGAGAGUGUGGAUCAGAGCGUUCUGCUGAAAUGUUCUGAGUGGCUACGAGGGGUCAAGAACGCUUCUGGAGCUACAGUCCUGGGUAGAGUGGACAAAAUCAGCUAGAAGAGCAUUUAACAGAUCGGACACUGCGUGACCUUUUACUUGUGCUGACUUGAGAAAGGUGGUAGUUUUGAGUAGUGGUCGACUGAUAUGCGUCCUGCAGUGGCUGAUGUCCAUCCCAGCAACUGAAGAGCUGGGUGCCUUAUAGCUGAUUUUUACUUGGUUUGAAUUGCAGAAAAUGGGAUGUACAUAUAAUUGCAACACCUACUGUAAACAAUUUGAAUGUCCAAUGUUUACAUUUCACAAUGAAAAUUUGUUGUCAAGGCUACUGGUAUAUUUUAGACUGGACUAAAAUAAAAUGUACUGUUAAUGGACAGAAUUAUUGGCCAAAGCCAUGUUCAUAGGUUUGAUUCCCAGCGAAUGCAUGAACUAAAACUAAAAUGCAUUGCUUGAAUGCAAUUUAAAUCCUAUUUGUCAAAUGCAUUAUGUCAUGAAGUCACUGGUCUGGCUAACAUCUCAGUCUAUCACCAUUCUUGUGGACACAUUGUGCAUUACAGGGACUUUGCUGUUACUAUAAGUGGCUUAAGGGACAUGAUUUAGACAGACUUAGCAACUAAAAACAUCGCUCACUCGUAGCACUUCUUGAUCUCAUUAACAGAGAGUUGCUUUCACUUGUAAACAAACAGCAAACACUACGGUUUCUACUACUGAAUCAAUCCCAAGUAGACAUGACAGGAA